CCCGGACGGUGCAGUUUGUCCCUCCCGUUCAAUAUAAAUCAACUUUAUCUGGUUGUUUUGAUGGCCGGAUUGGAAAUGGUGUCGUUGCGGUGAAUGCACUGGAUCUUUUGCAUGGGGUUUGGUCUGGUACACUGCUGCUCCGGUAAUGGUAACGAGAUGGGAUGUUUAUUUUAUCUCCACUUAACCCCUCCCUGCCACAACUGCAACAGCACAUGUUCCUUUAGUUAAGGAGCCAUCAUCAUCAUCCUCAUCAUCAUCAUGUUUACCUGAACGCGGAUAACGGGGCUGACAAAUGGCCUAGAAAUAAAGAGAAAUAACACCUGCGGCUCUCGACCGUUCACGGAACAGGAUCAGCUCGCCGUUUCUUUAAGGCUCUGCGUCUCGUGAGGAGCCAGAAAAAACCGCUCCAAAUGUCAACUUGUGCAGUGACAGAAUUCAACAAUGGCUUGGAGGCCAGUUCGGACUCUGACGACGAGGACAAGCUACACAUUGUGGAGGAGGACAGCCUGCUGGAGACUGAGGUGCCCAGCGCUGACGGGACCAAACCGCAGGACGGCCACGACUAUGCCACAACAGUAUUACCCCACAACGGCUCUUUGAAUGGAGUGAAGGAGGAGUAUGUGUCAGAAGAGGAAGAGGAAGAGGAGGAUGAGAAGGACACUCUAGUGGAUGAGAUUCUCCAUCAGGGAGACACAGCCGUCAUCUACCCUGAAGCCCCUGAUGAUGAGCAGAGUCCUGCAGAGACCGGAGGCGCUGACGAAAACGGCACACCAGAUUCCUUCUCCCAGUUGCACACUUGCCCUUACUGCUCCCGGGGCUACAAGCGCAACGCGUCGCUGAAGGAGCACAUCAAGUAUCGCCACGAGACCAGCGAGGACAACUACAGCUGCUCGCACUGCAGCUACACCUUCACCUACCGCUCACAGCUGGAGAGGCACAUGAGCCACCACAGGGGCACCAGGGAGCAGCGUCACGUUUCCCAGUCGACAGGUGGAUCAGGAGGAACAGGUGGAACCCGCAAGUUCAAGUGUACCGAAUGUUCCAAGGCCUUCAAGUACAAACACCACCUGAAGGAGCACCUGCGCAUUCACAGCGGUGAGAAGCCGUAUGAAUGCUCAAACUGCAAGAAGCGAUUCUCCCACUCAGGCUCCUACAGCUCCCAUAUCAGCAGUAAGAAGUGUGUGGGUGCUGUCCCCCCAAAUGGCUUUGCCCGAACAUCGAUCAAAUCCCCCCCACCCACCACUCAGGCAACACCGGUCGUAAUUGCUCCGGCCCGCAUGAUUCUUAAAGAGAAGACUGAAAGCAAACCCCUCCAGGAGCAGCUCCCCGUCACCCAGAUCAAAUCUGAACCUGUGGAAUACGAGUGCAAGCCUGUGGUGGCGGCACCGGCAACUUCAGCUGCUACCAACGGAGGGACGGCACAGCCAGCUGUGCUUUCAGCCACAACCCUGCCUCAGGGUAUGACUAUGGUUGUACCCACAGUCGGGCUCAUGUCGCCCAUCAGCAUCAAUCUGAGCGACUUGCAGAAUGUGCUCAAGGUAGCGAUGGACGGAAAUGUGCUCAGGCAGGUGCUGGGUACAGCUAAUGGCGUGGUGACGCAGGGGAAGCAGGGAAUUGUAGUCCAGCAGCCCCAGCAGCAGAUCAUCAGCCUGCCUGCCUUCGUGGAUCACGAUGGCACCACAAAGAUCAUCAUCAACUACAGCAUAAGUCCUGCAGCCGCCACCACUGCCACUACCCAGCCUGCACUGCUUGUUGCCAAAACCAAUCCUGCUCCCCUUCCAACUGUCACCACUGCUGCAGCCCCCACCCCCACCAAGACAGAUAGGCCCUCAACCCCAGAGGUGACCGACCUCUCCAUUGUAAAGGCAGAGCCAGAAUCAGUGGCCAUCACAGACAUGGAGACAGAGGCAGUCAAACAGAGAGAAAUGACUUCAGACGUCCGAACAGCUCAGAUGCCAAAAGUCAACAGCACCAGUACAUGUUUACUAUGUGAUGACUGUCCCGACAACCUGGAGGCGUUACACCUCCUACAGCACCGGAAAGCAGCCAAUGGGGAGGCCGUUGACUCCGCGGCUUUGGACCCCUCAUUCGCUGCUCUGCUAAGCGAGGCCGGUGUGACGCUGGAGGAGCCACCUGUGGACGAUCUCCUCUCACUCCUCAAGACUUACUUUUCCUCCAAUGCCAACCCAAGUGAGAAGGAGCUGACAAAGAUCUCAGAGUCUGUCAGUAUUCCUGUGGAUGUGGUCAGAAAGUGGUUUGCAAAGAUGAACUCUGGGACAGUUGUGGGUAAAUACCACAAUCUAGCUACAGCGGUUUCCAUGAAGACUGAAACCAGCUCAGAGGAUGCCUCGAAUCAGAAUGGAGACGCAGAGGAAGACAGCUCCCAACAAAAAGCCUCAUCGCAAUCUGGCAGCGCUUCUCCGUCAGACUCUUCACCACUAAGCCUCAACACCGGGGACCUCAUCAUCAUCAAGAGCGAGCCAGAAGACCCAGACGCCCCGGACUCCCAGGCCGAGCCGCUUGACCUUUCCCUUCCCAAACAUAUCGCAGGAACAUUGGAAACGACUACGCCUCCCGCCAAGCUGCAGGAACAGCCCCUAAACCUGACCUGCCUGAGAAAGGAGCAGCUGGAGGGUCGAACCAUCUACGUCACCACACCUCAGAGCGGAAGACAUGUCAACAUCGCCAGCAUUGUCACUGCCGCACAGCUGCCCACGUUAGUGGCCAUCGCUGGUCAGGGCACGUUGGGCUGUCUUAGUGCCAUCAACACCACGACGAAACGCACCAUCCUCAUCCCGCAACUCACCUACACCUACGCCACUACAGCCGGCAGCGCCACCGGAGCAAAGACUGUCGUACUGAACGGCCAUAAGCAGGAGAAGAGGCUGGACAGCAGCUCCGACGGCGUCUCCACAGUGGAAGAGCAGAACGACUCAGAUUCAGCCGCACUGAUAAAGAAGCGACGGCUGGAAAAUGGUGUCUACCCGUGUGACCUUUGCUCCAAAGUCUUCCAGAAGGGCAGCUCCCUGCUCAGGCACAAAUAUGAACACACAGGAAAACGGCCCCAUGAGUGCAACAUCUGCAAGAAGGCCUUCAAACACAAACACCAUCUGAUCGAACACUCGAGGCUGCACUCCGGUGAGAAACCCUAUCAGUGUGAUAAGUGCGGGAAGCGUUUCUCUCACUCUGGCUCGUACUCCCAGCACAUGAACCACCGCUACUCCUACUGCAAGAAGGACGGGCCAAACUCCGGCUCCGGUUCAGAGCCACGCACGGUUCAGUCGGAGCUCGGCAGCCCCGGCGCCGGAGUGCAAUCGGACAGUCGGACCACGACCCCGCCCUCCCAACUGGACUCAGACGAGAGGGAGAGCGAGGAAGAGGAGGACGAGGACGAUGAGGCCAUGUGCAUGGAUGACAUCCGGGUCGUGCAGGUGGACGAUGGCGACUGCGAGAUCUACGAGGGUAACUUUGAGGACGACGACGAGGAGGGAGAGGAGAUUGUGGAGGAAGACACGACGGGAGAGGAAGAGGCCGAAGAAGAGAAGGUGGACGAGGAGCCCGUUUGUGAUGUGAUGGAGAUCGAGGUCGGGGACCAUCACAUGGAGGGCGAAGAGAUGGAGGAAACGACUGAAGAAAAGGAGGAAGCGGCGAGCGUGGAUACGGAGGAAAGUGCAGACUGUGAAGCAAAUACGGACAAAAGCAUCAGGGAGGGGACAGACAGCCCAGAACCCGCAGCCCAAGUGGGGACAGACAGCCCAGAACCCGCAGCCCAAGUGGGGACAGACGGCCCGAAUGCCUCGCUUACCGAAGCCGAGUAAAUUAAGACAAAACCGCAGAAAAAUCAACAAAGUCACGGCGGUUGCCUGAUCUUAACGGUCCACUACUGUGUACAAAAACCCAGGUGUGCCUGAACUUGAAAAAAGAAAAAAGAAAACAGUGACUUUUUUUCUUGUGGAAAUGAAAUAUCAGUGUUAAAAGUUGUUUAUAGAAGUACAGAUUUUAAAGCAGAACUCACCCGUCAACUUGUUAGACUUGUUACUGAGACAUCCCAGGUUGUUUUAUUGUCUGUCUGUUUGUUUGUUUCAGUUGGUCAGUGUUACUAAUCUUGUUUUUGUUUGAAAACAUUUUAACCUGUAAAGAUGAGAAGAUUUCUAUACCUUUUUAUUGCCAAUGAAGUUUCCUAAAAUCAGUAUUUUAUUGAGUUCUACGAACAAAAACCUCUGCACUACAGUAUUCCUGGUUUACCUACGGAUACAUGCCUCAUGCAUCGUAUGCCCUUCAGUGUUAUAUACGUACACUAGCUAGCGGGAUGUUGCUUGUGUUAGUGUUAGUCUUUGCUAGCUAGUUUUACUUUUGUUUUCAGUUGACUGUUAGCCUUAAGGAAAACAAAGUAUUCUUGGGGAGGGUUGUGGGCGGGAUGGGGAGUCCGGGAUGAGAAGGUGGCCUCCGUAUGCCAUAACCAAAUUUGUCCUAUCAGGGAAGGUGGAGUCACAAACUUAAAGCCAGCAUCCGGCGCUUAUGUUUCGCAAACCCGGCGUAGCCCGCGUGGGUGGAGUCUCCAGGUGGCAGACUCCACCACGCCCGGCUCAGCCGUGGUUCCAAAAACACAUGCGCCCAUUCUUACCAAGCUUCUCCUUACUUUGGUUGACUUUAGUUCUGAGUCAGUGUUUCAGUGUUAUUAGCUUAUAUAUGAAGUCAUACUGUACGUGAAGGAACAGGGCUGUUCCCUGCUCCACCCCGAUGCCUCCAGCCUUAUGCAAGACCUGUGUGCUGUUAAAAGUGCCAUUGAACAGUGUUAUCAUUUCUUCUUCACACAUGUAGCCAGUAUUAUGUCCCUCUGUUACCUACACGAGACCCGUAUUGACUAAUGUUUGUCGACUUGCACAGAACAGCUCGUUUGUCACACUUACUGAAAGAUACUCCCUGUGAAAUUAAUCGGAAUACUUACGAGGCCUUUAAAAGUAUUUUGGAACUUGCGUGAAAGCUUGGAAACAGUAUUAGGGCUUAAGCUAAGUUUAACCGACUUGCUUCUUUAAUUCAUUCAUUAAUUGUUUAGUCUAUGAAAUGACUGAAAAUAGUGAAACUAGCCUGUUAUCACUUCCCGAGAGCCCGAGAUGCCGUCUUUAGAUGUCUUGUUUUGGCCGUACAGCAAUCUUAAAGUCAAACAAAUUAACUUUACUGUUAAAGUUAUAUAAGAGAAAAAGCAGCAAAUCAUCACAUAGGAAAAGAUGGAAACUGAAAAUGUUUGGAAUUCUUUUGCUUACAAAAAGCAUCCAAAUAAUUUUUACAAAUAUUUUAAAAUUGUAGUUUAGAAGUCAAAGUUUGGAAAUAUGUAAUAACCAUUGAGAAAUACAGUCCAGACUGAGCCUACCUGUGGAUAUUAAAUGCCUUGUCAUCUUGAUAUAAUCAGUUUCUGACGGAUGUUAAAAGUGUUUACAUAAGUGCUUAAAGACAGAUUGAAAUAUUCUAAAACAUGCAGGGGAUGUAACUUCACACUCGGCUCCACCUGGUUGGCUCUGGAACAAGAUCAAUUUGAACUAAAAUGAAGACAGAAGGAUUUUAAAUUCAGCCAAACGUCUGCAGUUGUUUUCAGAUAUUAUGAUAUUGAAAAGAAGGAGAAGGAGCGUGAAGCUGUCCCGCACUUCAGGUGACAAACGUUAGUGAAUGUGGUCUGUCAAAGUGUUUUCAGUUGGUUUUACCAAACAGUGUUUAUAUUAUAAGUCUGUUUUAAUUUGGUGUUUUUUAUGUGUGUCCUCUGUUUGUUUGUUUUCAACAAUGGCAGUAUUAGAACCCUUUUCACAGAUUAAAAGAUUAAAUGUACCUGUUUAGUUUUUAGAAGACUUUUUUAUAUUUAUGUGUCUUAUUUUUAUAUUUUCUUUCAUGGUUAUUUAUUACACAUUGUAGUGUACAUUACUGUAGUUUGAAUUGAUACAAUAAUAUAUUUUAGUAUGAAAAAUAAUCUCAAGACAAACAAAAAAGCCCAAAAUGUGGUUCUGGGAGCUGAAGUUUGUUUUAACAAAAAAAAAAAAAAAAAGAUAACAUGUAUUCUGUAAACAUGAUUUCUGUUUUAAGCUAAAAAAAAAAAAGAAGAAGAAGAAAAAAGAACAGGAAUGAAAUGAGAAAUAGAAACUGUUACAUGUGCAUCCGCUCUUCGCGUCGUUAUGAAGCUACUGAAUUCUACAACUCUGUGAUUUUAAAAGCAUGAGUCGUUACCGUUUUAAUGAAGGAUCUUGUUAUGAAGCCUCCCUUUUUAUUUCGAAGCCAAAUUUAGAUCGUCCCGCCAUCUUGUUUUCUGUUCUGUGCCAACUUGUUUCAUUGUACUGACAAAGGCUGCAUAUCGUUUGUUAUGUCCUCACCCUUUGUAAAUCCACUGUCUUUUUGUAUUGUUUUUAUUUUAGUUUUGCUCCAUUUUUAUGACUCCCCAUCACAAUAAAAUGUAUGACCGCU